AUGUUCCCCGAGGAGGGGUGGGCUCGCAGCGCUUCAUCAUCGUACUGGACGCUGCAGCCUUGUUGGUGGCGUCGUUCACGUUGCAAAGUUAUUGAAGUGGCUGGAACUAGACGACACAGCACCCAGGCUCGGAUGGUGAUAAGCGGAGCCAAUGCCGUCUACAUCGUAGGCACAUUUAAACAUAUGGGAACUGAUGCUGACUUUAAGUUGUAUCUGACAACGAACGUAACACAGGCGGAUUUCAACAUGGGCUACACAAUGACGGGCACCCUAGAGCGUGGCAGUCGCUCCACCAACACCUUUCAGAUGACGCACUUCGCAGUCCUGCGCCGAUGCGAUCAUGAUGCCCACCAUCUCAAGAAUUCUUAA